AAGGAGAAACGGAGGUAUCUUUCUGCAGCCUCAGAUUUCCCCGAGAGGUCCACUUUUUUUUCUUGCUAAAUCUACAGAAAUAAAAUGAAGGAAUUUCCUCAGAUUCGACGGAGUGUUCUUCAGGCGAAGAAGAAGGUUUUUUCCUCUUUCUCGGCGUUCAACAUUCGCGCCAGAAGGCGGGGGAAGAGAAUGUAAAAACAUCUGCGCCAACGCCUUUUCGCGACCACCGUCGCUUUCUUUUUCUCGUGUCUGGAUACUCUCCAUCACGAGCUCUGCUGUGUUGUGGAGGUCGAAGAAAGAAAAGCGGAAAACAAAGCCAAGCGAAUACAGAGUCGGUGAAAACCAUUUUCUCAUUCGUCGCGUACACAACGGUCUUGAACAGCUGGGGAACGCCCGAGGGCGUUGUGCGAUGUACGCAAACGCCACAGGCGAACAAGAGUCGCUCGCCGCCAUGGAUCUUGCAGACGCAUCGGAUCUCCUGCUCCUCGAUCCGCGAGAUACACAGUGUCCUCGCUUUCCCCGAAUCCUGUAUCGGAGUCCUCUCUACUCGACUCUCGGCAUCCCUCUGCCUUCUCACUCCUCCAAUGCACAUUUCUCUGCAUCCGCCUCCUGUCCUGCUUCCCCUCCUGCUGCUUCCUCUUCUCUCUCUUCGUCUUCUUCGUCCUCAAACGAGACGCGCGGCGACCGAGUGACGGUCUCGGUGAUCAUGACGGUGAAGGACGCAGCUCCCUUCGUCGAGGCGGCGGUCAACUCGCUUCUUGCGCAGACAUUCGUCGUGAGAACCUCGAACCUGCCUGCGUCGGGGCGCUCGGCAGAAGCGGGAGAGAAGCCGCCAGCGCUCUCGGCACUCUCUCCCUCGGCAGGAACAGCUCACGCGUCUGAGCAGAAGAAGGAAGGAAGAAGAGGAGACGGAAAACCUAGGAAAGAAGGCGACUCAAAAGAGGAGAAACAAGACCGAGCAGAAGACAGAGACGCAAAGGAAGAAAGACAAGGGGAGGAAGACGAAGGAUACAAAGAACGUGAGGAAGAGGGAGACAUGUGGAGAGACGAAGCUGGAGAAGACGCCACAAAUCGCACUGUCGAUGUUCUCUCUCCUUCAGACCGUCCGCAUGCAUAUCCCUCCGACGACACACCCAGUUCUCUUCGUCAGUCUUGCGAUGCCUAUCUUCAGUCUUCUCUCCCUUCUUCAUCCUCUUCUCCUUUCUCCUCUUCUGCUCCGUCUCCUUCUUCAUCCUCUUCUCCUCUCUCCUCUCCUUCUCCGUCUCCUUCUUCAUCAUUGACCUCAUCGUCGCCUGCUUCUGCGUCGCCGGCUUCCGCCACCCUUGAGGACUCUGACGGUCCGUUGGAAAUUUGCAUUUUUGACGAUGCUUCCUCGGACGCCACUGUCACUGUGAUCUUGGAGAAACUUGCUCCCAAAUGUCUGGAAAAAGGAGUCCUUUUAACUCUCGCAGUAGCACCUCUCUCUACGUCUCCGUCCGUGUCGCCUCCUGUUUUCUCUUCUUCCUCUCUCUCUUCUUCUUCUUGCUCUCUCUCUUCUUCUUCUUCUUCUUCUGUCUCUUCUUCUUCUGUCUCUUCUUCUUCGUCUGUCGCUUCUUCUUCUGUCUCUGUCGCUUUCUCUUCUUCUGUCGCUUCUUCUUCUGUCUCUGUCGCUUUCUCUUCUUCUGUCGCUUCUUCUUCUGUCUCUGUCGCUUCUUCUUCUGUCUCUGUCGCUUCUUCUUCUUCUGUCGCUUCUUCUUCUUCUGUCUCUUCUUCUUCUGUCUCUGUCGCUUCUUCCUCUGCAGGCGGGGGAGUGGGCUACGGGAGAAACCAGGCUGUCCGCGUCUGCUGCGGGGAAUUUCUCUGCUUCAUGGAUGCGGACGACGAAUCGCUUCCAGAACGCAUUGACGCCCAACUGCGAGAGGCGAGACGCAGACCAGACACCAUCGUAGGAUGCAGCUUUGUCAGAGAUCCACCCGACUCGACUCCGCGCUAUACUCAAUGGCUUAACUCGCUUUCCCAGUCUCAACUCGUGACUUCCAGAUUUCGCGAAUGCACAUUGUUGAUGCCGACCUGGUUCAUGCAUCGCGACGUAUUUCUGCGAGUGGGCGGCUUUGUGGAACGCGGACAGCUUCGAUUCCGCCAGUUCUUUCGGAGCUUCAAGGCGCAGCAGAAUCCGACUGCUGACGCAGACUGCCGCCUCCCGCCUGCCCUCCCAGAAGACCUGCUCUUCCUUUACCGGCACCUCCGGGAAGGCGGCUGUCUCUGCCGCCUCGAGCGCCCGCUGUACAUUUACAAAUAUCACGACAAAUGCACUUCGUUCGCGAUCAGCAGCGACUUGCUGUGGACUCUGCGAAUCAAAGAAUUCCAGACGGAGGUGAUGGAACGACACCCCAAACGACCUUGGAUCAUCUGGAGUGUUGGUCGAGACGGCAAGCGCUUUUACCGGAGUCUGUCUGUCGACAAUCGCAGGCGAGUUGUAGCGUUUGUGGACAUCGACGCGAAGAAAGUGGAACGCAAGUUUUACGUGGACUCGGCUGAACCGCUGAAGGGGCGAAAAAUCCCUGUUUACUUCUGGGAAGCAGCCGCCGAGUUCCUUCGAGAAGAAAACCAAGAAAAGAAACCUAUCUUUGUCAUUUGUGUCAAAUACGAAGUUCAGCCUCUCAACACCCUCCAGCUCAGGCUCGACUUCCUCAGCAUGCAAGAAGGCAGAGACUUCUUCUUCUUCUGCUAAGGUCUUCGAAAUGUCUCAACUCGAUACCAACAUUCGCUUC